UAUAGGUACGCGGAUAUCGCGAUUUACGGAACCGAUUUUUGUGCUAAAAUUUUGGUUCUCGUUUUUUUCACUCUUUUUUAAGGCAGCGUGAGGCAGACGUAAUUUUGUGGAAUUUCUUUUUAGAAACAGAUAUACACAUAGAUACUUUUUGGAAAGAAGAAAAGCUAAUCUUGUUUUAUUUAAGAAAUUUAUGCAUAGUUAUUACACUUUUUAUCGAUUAUUUUGCUUCUGAAUAUUUGGUUGGUGUUCUCACAUGAAUUUGUAGUAAAAGAAAUGUUGAGCCGACUUUUUUUUUUAUUCAGACAUAUUUCUACAUGCAUUUUCUAUGGGCAUGCCAAAUUUCAACGAAAAAUAAUUGGUAGCAGAUAGUUUAAAAUGUAUUAUAUUACUUAUACCACUUAUUUUAGGUAGCCUUAGGUAAACGUUUUUUUUUGUGUUUGUUUCAAGAAACAUGCAUAAACAUAAAUUAUUUUCAUAAAGAAAAAAGGUUGAUCUAGAUUUUUAUAUGACUUUUAUGCAUGGUUACCCAACAUUUUUAUGUAUUAUUUUGCUGACAAUAUUGCAUGAAAAUAUUGUCCCUGUUCUCACAUUAAUUUAAUGUCGAAAGAAUGUUGAGCCGGCUUUUUUUGUUAGUUUUUCUAUAUUUUACAUGCAUUUUCUAAGCACCUGCCAAAAAUCAACGAAAAAUAAUUGGUAGCAGAUAGUAUACUAGGUGUUAGACUUUUGGUACAAAAUUUUGGUUUUUCUGUUGUUUUUUUUCGUUAAGCUUGUUACGGGUGUGGAUAGGGGGGCCGACUAUACAAAAACAUAACAAAUCCCAAUAUCGUAUUAUUUUGAAUUUUAUUUUUAGAUUAAAAUAAAUAAUGAAUACUAACAGAGAUGUUGUUAGAUCUAUAACAGAUAAUCCUGCUGCACAUUAUGAAGCUUUUUUGAGAUAUCUUCAAUCUACCCAGCCUACCACAGCAACAUCUUCAUCUGCAAUUAGUGCUCUAGUUCCAUCCUCAAUUGCAUUGAGUGUCCCACAACCUCCACAACAAUUAACACAACCUUCUGCUGAGCUUACCUAUGGUGCCUAUAGAAGAUAUAGGGACCAGCACCCUGGACCGAUGAGCAAUCGAUCAUUUUUGCGGUGGGUUCGGUUAGGAGGGAAUGAUGGUGAGUCAUUCAGCUGGGCCUAUCAUUCACCUAACAGGGGUGCUGGAAGCUCCAGCAGAAAAGGAAAUCGUGGAGGAGGUUGUGGGCGAAGACGGAAUGGUGGCGGCCUUGUUGUGAAUGGUGGCAUCCACUAUUACUAGGCGCCACCACUCCUUUAUUUUUUUUUUAAAUAAAUAUAUAACAUUAUCAAGUUUGUUUUCCAUUUUGUCCGAAUUUUUGCAAUUAUUAACAUUUGAUUUAUUUAUUUCAAAUCUUUCACAAAAUGGUUUAAAAGCAAAGCAUUGACAGAUGUAGUAGUUUGCAAGGGACCUGUUUAGUUAACUUAUGUUUACAGUUCCUAAAUAUUAUAUUUACGUAACAAUUACUUGUUUGCAGAAGGUUCAAAAAAAAGUGGAGUUAUGUUUGCGGAUACAGUAAAAAAAGAUUGAUCUUACAUAUGGUGCAGAAGGGGAUAUCACCACGGAGGAGGGCGUAGGCGAAGAAAGAAUGGUAGCAGUUGAAGAAGAAGUUUUUUGUAUUAAAAAUAUAUAUUUAACAUUA